AUGACAAAGAACACCUCUGCGAUUUCUCACUGCGAUUUUGAAGACCAUAGAAGACCUUUGGAACAACUGCGAUUUCGAAGGCGAGAGAAGACCUCUGGAACAACUGCGAUUUUGAGGGCAAGAGAAGACCUUUGGAACAUCUCACUGGAAACUCCAACGAAGUUGAAGGCAGGAACUUCUCGUCUGCAAACCCUCCUUGGUUCUGUUUGCACUAGCCCAUCCAAGCUUCAGCUUCAAGACUCUAACCGAAAUCAUGGCUCAUAUAUUAUCAGGGAAUUGGCAUCACCAAUCUCCAAAGCUUAUCACUUUCAUUAUUCUCGUUCUUCAUCAGUUCUCGUUAUUGUAUUUCUUGCUUUUAACCCUCCCGCAACAUCAUUGAGUUUCAACUUCCCCAGUUUCAAUUAUUCAGUUUGGGGUACUAAUGGUACCAUCGUGCCCCAGAAAGAUGCACAACUCUCUGAUCCAAUCAUCGAUCUCACAAGAAACCGACAGGAGCAAUCCAGUAAUGAUAGUCAGGGUAGAGUGUUGUAUAAUGCUCCAGUUCAGCUCUGGGACAAGAAGACGGGAAAACUAACCAACUUCACCACCCAUUUCUCCUUCACCUUCAGAAAUUCCUUAGGCUACGAGAAUUAUUGCUACUCAUAUUACUACUGCGUCGGAGAUGGGCUUACUUUCUUCCUUGCUCCUUAUGAUUCUGAAAUACACGAUUAUAUAGAAGGUGGUGGUCUUGGUCUUUUCAACUCCACACCAGAAAGCAGUAAUUCAACAAUUAAUAAUUCCAUCGUUGCAGUGGAGUUCGAUACUUUCAAGAACGAUUGGGACCCAGAUGAGAAUCACAUAGGUAUUGACAUCAAUUCCAUUAUAUCUGUGAAUUAUAGCUCAUGUAAUGGUAAUCUAUGGACUUGGAUGAGAAAUCAUUCUAGGCCAUGGGAGGCGUUGGUCAGUUAUGAUUCAAGUUCCCAAAACUUGAGUGUUGUUUUGACUUGUGCUGAUAAAACUCUUUCUUGUGAGAUCUGUAGCCUUAACUACAAUGUUAAUCUGAGAGAUCAUCUUCCAGAAAAGGUCACUGUAGGGUUUUCUGCAUCCACAGGAUUUGCCUACGAACUACAUCAGCUCAACUCCUGGGACUUUAGUUCCAGUUUGGAAAUUGAUAUUAAUUCCAAUAAUAACACGGGAGCAACCAACUUCAAUUCGAGUUUGGGAAUUGAUAAUUCGAAUAAUACGGUAACAUCCAGCAAAAACAAGUUAGGAAUGGUGGUCGGAUUGGCUGUCGGUGGAGCGGCCAUGAUUACUGUUUUGGGUUUGUUUUCAUUUUUCAGGUGGAGAAAGAACAGAGAACAUAAACCAGAUGAUGAUGAUGAUGAUGAUGUGGCCUUAGAUGUGCCCACAGGACCUAGGGAGUUCUCCUAUCCUGAAUUGGCUAGAGCAACUAGUAACUUUGAUGAGAAACAAAAGCUAGGAGAGGGAGGAUUUGGUGGUGUUUAUAGAGGUUUUUUGAGCGAUCUCAACAUGGAACUUGCUGUGAAGAGGAUCUCUAAAGGGUCUAAACAAGGGAUAAAGGAAUAUGGAUCGGAGGUGAAGAUCAUUAGUCGAUUGCGGCAUAGGAACCUUGUGCACCUUCUUGGUUGGUGUCACCAACGGCAGGAGCUACUUCUUGUGUAUGAGUUCAUGCCCAAUGGAAGCCUUGAUUUCCAUCUAUUUCGAAACAGGGGAUCCUUGGCAUGGGAAUUGAGGUACAAGAUAGCUCUAGACUUAGCCUCUGCAUUACAAUAUUUGCACGAAGGGUGGGAUCAAUGUGUCAUCCACAGAGAUAUAAAAUCCAGCAAUGUAAUUUUAGAUUCCAAUUUCAAUGCUAAACUAGGAGAUUUCGGUCUGGCUAGGCUUGUGGAUAAUGAGAAUGGGACACAAACAACCAAUGUAGCUAGUACCACCAUGGGAGGAUGGUUAGUGGAACAUGGGAAAGGGACACAAACAACCAAUGUAGCUGGUACCAUGGGAUACAUGGCACCUGAAUAUGUUGUUAGUGGGAAGGCUAGUAAAGAAUCUGAUGUCUAUAGCUUUGGCAUUGUUCUCUUGGAAAUUGCUUGUGGGAGAAAGGCCAUUGGGAUGACGGCUGAUCCAAAUGAAGUAAGUUUAGUAAAAUGGGUUUGGGAGCUCUAUGGAAAUGGAAAGCAUCUCGAAGCGGCUGACCCAAGUCUAUGUAAGGAUUCUGAGAAGCAGCAAUUAGAGUGCAUGAUUGUUGUUGGGCUAUGGUGUGCUCAACAAGACUACAAUCUCCGACCUUCUAUUGGACAAGCUAUACAUAUUCUAAAAUUUGAUGCUCAACUGCCCAUUCUCCCAUAUUAUAAGGUAAGUGUUUCUUCUCCAUUGUAUAGGAAUACAUUCUCGAUUACAUCUUCCCAGGGUUCUACGGAAUGUGAUACAAGUCAUACCCAAUGUACGUCCAAAAGCUGCACCACUAAUUCAACCAAGUUAAACAUGUCAUCAUUUGCUUCAACUUCAGCCUCGUCUUCCCUCUUGAAUAAUACAUGGUAA